AUGAAGAAGAGCACACCACCAGCUAGGACGUCAUUUCGCGAGGCGCAUGAGUUUGUUCCGGGGCCGCCACAGCCGCUCUCACCUUUGACACCCACCAGAGCUUGGGGCCCUGAAGGGAGGACGGAGACGAUGUCCACGAUGAUGACAAAGCCGAACCUUCCCGGGGCGCUGGACAGUGAGGACGACGCUCCUGCCGAUCCACGGACAACGCUCUCCCAAUUAUGGUCUAUUGCCGAGCAACGCAAGAAGCGGAUGGUUUGGAUCAAUAAGCAGAAAGCAGCUGGCACUGGCGCCACCGCCAUUGAAAAGCACAUGACACAAAAGGAGCUGGACGAGGAGCAUGUGCAUGGUACAGGCAGCCAGCCCAUUGCUCUUGAAGAGGAAGACAAGCGUGUAUUCUCACAGCUCAACUCGGAGUAUGCGGUAAACCAGUUGAGGAAAAAUGCUGUUGCGCAGUUCCGGGCCCAAUCCAGGCUGCCCCAGGACAGCUGUUGGACGAAGAUCGUGAAUAGUCCGCACUUUGAGCGAGUCGGCCUUGCGAUGAUAUACUUGAACGCGAUCUGGAUUGCCGUGGACAUUGAGUACAACAAAGCGCCUACAGUGCUGGAGGCGGAGUCAGGCUUCAUCGCUGCAGAGGUCUUCUUCCUGGUUUAUUUCUCGGCAGAAUUGCUCUUCCGGUACAUGUCCUACCCCACCACACGGCAGGCCUUCAAGGACCCAUGGUUUUGGUUUGAUUUGCUGCUGGUGGUCAUCAUGGUCGUAGAGACAUGGCUUAUUCCCAUCUUUGACUUGAUCAUCACGGGCUUCGCGGAUGCUGGCAACGGCAUGGGGAGAAGUGCCUCCGCUUUUCGCACGGUGAGAGUGCUCCGUGUUCUUCGCACUGCACGAAUCAUCCGUGUUGCCCGCUACAUGCCCGAGCUCAUGAUCUUAAUCAAGGGGUUGAUGGUUGCAGCUCGUUCCGUCUUCUUCACCUUGGUGCUGCUGCUCCUUGUGACGUAUGUGUUCAGCAUAGCAAUCACGCAGCUGGCAGCAGGCACCGGGACCACAAUGGAGGCAGAACAGUUUCCUAAUGCGCUGGUCACAGUUUUGAACUUGAUCAUCGUGAGCACAAUGCCGGAUCAGAAAGACUACUACGAGAUGGUUCGAGAUGAAGGAGACUGGUUCAUGGCUCUGCUCUUCCUCGUCUUCGUCAUGUUCAGCUCACUCAUCGUCAUGAACAUGUUGGUCGGUGUGUUAGUUGAAGCCGUCCAAACCGUGGCGACGGUGGAGCACGAGCAGAUUCACAUCGACUUCGCCAAGCGCGUUUUGUGGGAGAUGCUGGACAGUGGGGGUGCGGAUGAAGACGGAGACAACCUCAUCUCAGAGCAGGAGUUCUUGAAACUUCUGGAGACGCCAGAGGCUGCGAAAGCCUUGAAUCGGCUUGGCGUGGACAAUGUCGCCGCUGUUGAAUACGGAAGCCUUCUCUUUGAGGAUGGGCAGCCUCUGACAUUUGGCGAGUUCUUGGAGGGCAUGCUCCUGCUACGUGGGUCGAACCAAACCACAGUCAAGGACAUUGUCAAUCUGCGCAAGUACGCCUCGGAUGAAUUCUCCCAUCUUCAUGUGGUGUUGGCCGAGCUUUGCAAGGUCCUCGCAGGUCAGCAAUCUGCACCGCUCCAAGCCACGGCGAGGCUUCUCCAGGAGAAGAUCGAUGCAUACGAGAAGGUCUUCAAGUCAGGGAGGUUGUUCCAAGUUCGAUGA